AUGGUCAGCAUGGGAUCUCUCCCCGCGCGGGUGGGGGGAGGUGCAGUCGGAGCUUCGCGCGGAAACGCCGCCACCUGGACAGGGGCUCGGCCAAUCGGGAUUUGCAGAGCGGAGAAGCCCGGGGCCUGCCGAGGGGCGCGGAACGACGCCCUCCCCCCUCUCGCGGGCAGAAAAUCGCUCAAUGGCCAUUCCGCCGACCGCGACGACCCCCAGAUCCUGCCAACUGCGGACGUGGCGGGGACGGCUCACGGCGAGCAGAAUCCCAGCGGCGCCCAGGCGAUCCCCUCCCCCGCCUCGCCGAAGAUCGCCGCGGAAAGCGUCACGCGGGGGAUCGCGCUCGCGGCGAUCGCCUAUUCUGACCUCCGCGCCCAUCUGGAUGAUGCUGAGGAGAGGGGUGCUGGGGGGAGCGAUGGCGCGCGGGAGAUCGCAGGGCUCCCGCUCCGUGACGAGGAGGGUCGCGCCGUUCAGGAGAACGGCGACGAGGAGAUCGCUGCAGCGGAGACUGACGCGGCGGGGAACGCCUGCACCCCGGACUCGGCGAUCCGGCGAGGCGGUUUGACGCGACCCUAUCAGGGGCCCACGAGUACUCCGGCGAGGUGGGCCGCAGGACCCCCCGAAGAGGGAGGGGCAGCCCAUGCUCAAGGCGGCGAAAGGGCUCACUCGCGGAGGGGCGCGCGGGGAGACGUGUGCGAGGACCAGCAGGCUCCACCUCCUGCUGUGCGCUCUCCGCCGUACCCGCCAGUGCGGGAUCACGACAAGUGGUCGGAUCCAUUACGCCCGAUGCCACGGCUGCCAACGCCAGCGCUUCGUCAACGAGAGAGCGACGUCGCCGCUGACCCCCCAACACGACGCGCGGGGGCCACAAGAACUAGGGACAUGCGGGGAAUUCGCGUAGGACGAGGCUCCAACCGCCGCGGACGUGGGCGCGGCGCCACGAACCAGAGAAGGGGCGCAAGUAGCUUUGCCAGAACAGCACAGCGGGCCCUGCGGCGGAGAGCUAGGGAGGGAGGGAUGACACUCGGUGACGAUUCUGGGAAUGGCUCAGCGGGUGACCCCUCCUUUAUCCUCGAAAGGGAGGGGAGUUCGAGUCCCUUGACAGAAGGAGAUGAGACUACCCCAGCCCAAGGAGUGGGCAAAAUCCCAACUGGGGGCCGAACCGCAUCUGCAAUUCAAACCCCUCGAAAUCGGGCCGCGAGGGGAAACUGA